CUCGCACACACAGAGCUGGCAUUCGCACGGCGGCGUAAAAACGGUCUGUUGCGCUCCUAGUUUUCCGUUUCCACCCCGUCGGCGACGCACGUACCCCGCGUGUUAGACAUUAUUAUUGUUACAUCGUCCGCGAACAAUAAUACGCCGCCGUUCGAUCGGCUCUCGCUGACGAGUCGAUAAUAAUAAUAUUAUAAUAUAAUAAUAAUUAGCCGCUUGAAAACGUGUUAUUCGUCACGACGUCAACCGGCUACGAAUUAUAAUAAUUACGAUCGAUAACGACGACAUUAAUAAUUAAUAAUCCCCCCCGUUUACUAUAGUAUAAUAUUAUCAUUUAUUAUUGAAUAAUAUCAGUACGCGGACGCGAUCGGCUCACGUCUCAUACGCGCAGUGCUCGCGAGACUGCUGUCAGGUCUGUGAAGAUCGUCCGCGCGCCUGUCGUGGUGUCAACAGGAAAUAAAUAAUAUUUCCAACGAAAUAUCCACACGGCGACUUCGGGCCGAUAAAGCGAUAACGACAAUAAUAAUAAUAAUAAUAUUUUAAAUAUUAUUAUAACUCAAUCAUGCCAGCCAUCGUAGCCAACGAGUUGCAAGACAUGCAAUUGCGGUCGGCCCACGUAACGGACGAGUCUCUGGAGAGCACCCGUCGGAUGAUCGAACUCUGCGAAGGGACAAAGGAAGCAGCCAUUAAAGCUCUAGUUGAGUUAGAUGAUCAAGGCGAGAAAAUGGACAGGAUCGAGGAGGGGAUGGAUCAAAUAAACGCGGACAUGAAGGAAGCGGAGAAGAACCUUACCGGCAUGGAGAAAUGUUGUGGUAUUUGCGUGGUGCCUUGCAACAAGUCGACAUCUUUCAAAGAGGACGAAGGCACGUGGAAGGGAAACGAAGAUGGAAAAGUAAUAAACAAACAACCGCAGCGUGUGAUCGAGGGGCCGAACAUUACGCCACAGGGUGGAUACAUAGUGAAUAUGCAUUCGUGUAGGAUUACAAACGACGCCCGAGAAACGGAAAUGGAUGAAAACUUGGGACAAGUGAACACGAUGAUUGGUAACUUGAGAAACAUGGCGUUGGAUAUGGGUUCCGAGCUUGAAAAUCAAAACCAGCAGAUCGAAAAAAUCAGCACAAAGACAAAGUCAAAUGAUUUGCGGAUUUCAGCGGCCAACCAAAGGACCAGAAAUCUUCUUAAAUAAACUACUAAACUUUAACCAUCUUAUGUGCAUGCUAUAUGUGGUUGUCAUAAGCGAAAAUUAUGUAUGGAUUUUUUUUUUAAAUACUCAAACUUCAUGAGUAAAUAUCGUGUCUUCCCUUCAUGUCGUGUUAUACUAUACAGCAUUAAAUAAUUAAUAAUAGUAUAGAAAUAGGUUUAUAAAAUAAUAAUAAUUUAUAGAUGUAUUACAUGUGGUUUGUAGUAGGUACCUACCUAGUACCUAUAUAUUAUAAUAAAAUAUAUACUAUCCGCUUCUGUCUAAUGACUCAUGUAGAUAGAUACAAAAUGUCUAUUAAUAUCGGUAUUCAUAAAAUUCUCAUUCGCAACUUUCACUCACUCGUGACAAGUUUUCGUAUUAGCAAGUGUCAAAAUUAAUUUUUUUGAUGGACAGUUUUGGAUUUUUUUAUAGAAACCUUAUAUGAAGGUUUCAAGUUUGUACCAUUUGUAUAUAUAGCAUUUGCUGUCCAUCAACAAGUAAAAAAAUACAUCCCUUCACAUUUUAUAUGAUGUAUAUAAUAUGCACG